AUGAAGGGCCAAGCAUUGGAAACUUUUGUAGCUGAAUUCGCUGAUCUCCCAACAUGCGAGCAGACACCAGGAACAAAAGUGCAAGGAGAAAUUCCCACCUGGAAGCUGUUUAUUGAUGGGUCUUCCAACAAGCACAAUUCCAGGGCAGGAUUGAUUCUUAUAACACUAGAAGGGCAUCAAUUUCAAUGUGCACUUAGAUUUGGCUUUAUUGCCUGCAACAAUGAAGUUGAAUAUGAAGCGCUGCUUGUAGGAUUAAGACUAGCCAAUGAUGUAAAUGUAAAAUCACUAGAGAUAUACAAUGAUUCACAGUUGUUCGUUAAUCAGAUCCUAGGAGAAUAUCAGUCCAGAUGGUUGAAAAGGGUUGAGUAUCUAAACAAAGCAAAAGACUUAUUGGUGCAAUUCAAAAAGUAUACAUUGCAACAAGCACCACACAACCAGAAUUUCAACGUUGACGCAUUGGCCAAGUUGGCAAGUUCCAAAGAUUCAGAUAUGCUAAACAUAGUACCGGUCGAACAUUUAUCAGCCCCCAACAUUCAUGUAGAUGACUCCACCCUGGUUAUACAUGCAGCUGAUACUUGGAUGACUCCCAUUAUCCAAUACCUCGACCAGGGAAUAUUUCCAACAAAAAAGAAUGAAUCGAAGAAACUACAAAGACAGCCCACCCGAUUUAUUCUAGUGGAUGGAAUUUUGUAUCGAUGA